UUAUGAAUUUAGAUUAUACUAAAAUAUAAGACAAUGUAAAUAAAUAUAGAUAUGGUGUCAAAAUAGGUAAUUAUAAUGAAGAAACUUUUGGUAUGGAUAUAAAACAAGUAAUAAAAAAAUAUCUAUUAUUGAAAUAGAAUACUCAUAAAAUUCCUAAUAGCACUAUGAAAGAUAGUUUUGGUUUGUAAAACACACUACUAAACAUGCCUUAACAAAAAUAAACUGAAGCUGAAAAAGAAUAUUAUGAAUAAACUACUUUUAAUCAUAAAGGUUUACAAAAUCAUUUAUUGUUAGGACAUGGCUAAUUAUCAAAUGUAUUGAUAAAAUUAUAUAAGAAUAGUUUGAAAAUAGAUAACUAACCUCUACUUAUGAUUUAUCAUACAAUUAAUAAGUUAAACCAUAAAUAUAAAUAUACUCAAAAUAUGAACCAAAUAAGACAUAGUUUUACUAGAAGUCAAAAUAGGAAGAAGUAGCUGAUAAAGUACAACAAAUUGUACCUGAUAUUAAAUAGACUACUAAUUAAUAAAGAUUAGUUAAAAAAAAAGAAUUCACUAAUACUUUUAAUGAUAAUUAUAAAAAAAUUCCUUUAAGAAAAUGA